AUGCCGCUGUCAGCGCCGCUGCACAAGCUGCACAAUCUACUCUGCGUGUGCCACAUUGUCAGAUACUUCGAUUACCAGAAGAUGUUCUGCCACUUGCUGUGCCUUUACAACCUGCGAUUCAAUGAGGCCACCCAGAAAUUCACAUUCGGUCACCAGGUUUUCAUUUACUGUAUGCAUUUCUUGACUAUUUUGAGUAUACUGUGUUACUGCCCUGUUGUUCGCCAUUACUUUGUUGAUCGCGGUAGUUACUUUAUCUACUUUCUGGCCUUCAUGUACUAUGUAAUGUUGAAAAGAUCUAUGCUCGAGACACUAAAUGAAAUGGCAAGACUACACUCGGAACUGCAGUCCACGAUGGGUAUUCUUUUUUGUGUGUCCGUAAAGCGGGCCUUUUGUUGCUCCAUUCUGAUAGCCAUCGAAGUAGUAGCAGUUUUCAACUGGCAACUAACGGCGAUUGACAAUUUCGAAAUGGGAAUGUUCACAGCUCCUUGCCUGAUUUGCUGGCAUUUUCAGCUCUUGCUUCAAGUGAAUAGCUACAUUUGGCUGCAGUCGAUGUAUGUGGUCAUAAAUCAGGUCUUAACUGCUCAUCUCAGGUACAAGCAGCGCUGGAAAAUGCUUAGAAAUGUCCUAAAGAUUCACUGCCAGCUGAGAGAAAUUCAGCGAGAUAUAUCCCAUUAUUUCAGUGUGUACAUUGCCACGGUGAUAUUUCUCAUAUCGUCCUGCUUCUACAGAAGCGUCAUCGACGAGGCGGGUUUUGACUGGGAAAUGAGUCGUUUGGUUCUGAUGAAAGUGGAGCUGUGGCAGGUUAGAUACUUGGCAAACAUGUUUUUCCUUUUCGGCACCCUGCUGACGGUUGUGUGGGAUUAUAAAACGGAGAGGGACAAAUUCCUUGUUGGUCUGUGGAGGUCUAAAGGCAUCAGUCAAAGAGCAUUGAAAAGCAGAAAAUCAACUCGGUGUUUAAGUCGCUACCAUCAGACUAUGGAUAUUGUGGAUAUGAUGCUCUUAACUGGCAAUCUACCCUGUGAUAUGAUCCGCUCGGAUGUGAUUAUCAUGGAAAUAAGAAUCAAACAGGACUCAAUUUUCAACUUGGAGAUCACAUCCAUCAUCAACUACUUUUGCCUGCUGAUGCUCACCAUGUGCCUUGUACCCCUAGUGGCCUUCUUCAAUGGUUUCGAAUACUCCUCACAGCAAGAGCUCUUGGGAAAUAAAAUCAAUGAGCCCAAGCUGGAUAUUGGCCAUACUCUCGAGUGA